AUUAUUUUAACUAGACUGAAAAUUGCCAGCUGCUUAAUUGGCUGCUCUGAAGUUAUGCAAUGUGUGUCUGAAUCCGGUGAGAAUUGACUCCACAGGAUUCCUGGAGUGUGUGAGUGAGUGAUACCAGUUCCUGGAGUAGUUUUAUUACUAAAAUAUGAUUACAUUGCAAAGCUUUCAAGUCGAUUGAAAGCAGUCAUCAAUUAUGAAGUGAGACCGAUGCAGAAUCCAAAUAGUACAAGCACAAGGGAGGCUGUUGUUGGAAUUUGGAAUCACUCUGCCGUGAGGCUGAAGGAAGGAAAGAAGAGAAGGUUCUUUCGUUUUGAUCCUUUCCCCUUUCUGCUACCAUCUCUAUCUAAUCUAAUCUAUCUUUACCACUACCUCAAAAUCAAAUCCUUUGCCCCCUCCUGGAUGCAUACAAAACCAAAAGCAAAGUGAAAAGAACAAAAGGGAUAGACCUACUACCCCUAUACUUUGUUGCAACACAUAAUUUUACUGUCGAUUUACUAAGUUCAAAGCGAAAUCUUGCUGCUGAUUCACCAGGACUAAUAAUCUUCUUCAUUGUCUACUAGUACUGGUACUUGUGUUGUUUUCUACUCCUACUCUAAUCUUGUUUGUCUUGUUAAGAUACUCUAAUCUAAGAAGAAGGUAGAAUAGAGAGUGAGUGGUCACCUCAAGCUGUCUGUGCCGUCGUCUACCUCGAUCCCCGUGACGACGCUAGCUACCUCUCUACGCUACAGUACACUAGUCCUCUCUCUGCUCGAGCCCCAAGGCGGGCGCUAGCUCCGUCUCUAUGCCAGGUAGGGCCCGCCCACCUGUCACAUGCUCAGCUCCAUGCCAGUCCAGUCCUACUGCAGCAGCUCAGCUCAGCUCCAGCAAGAGCUUUCCUUUCCCAGCAGCAAGCAGGCCAGUGCUAGUACUGAACUCUGAAGAGAGUGAGUGAGCAGUGAGCACACUCAAAAGAAAAUCGUUUCUUUACACAAAGCAAGCGGAAAGCCAAAGCGGCAACGGCAAUGGGCGUCCGGUCCUAGAUAGCAGAGCAGAGCAAAGCAGAGAGGGGAACUUCCCACUCUCUCUCGCUUAGAAGAAAGCUGAAUAUUGAGUGCGGGGAAGUGGAAUUUUUUUGAUUGGUUCUCGGUGGCAUGGCAAUGGCGAUGGAGGCGGCGGCGGAGCAGCAGUACCGCUCGUCCUCCUCGUCCGCGAGCAGCCCCGCCACGCGCCGCUACUUCUUCCCCAAGCCCGGCCGCCCCAUCUCCUUCGAGGACUCGCCGGACUGGGGCGACGACAACAUCGUCGACGACUCAUCGAUCCACCUCGCCUCCGUCUCCGUCGCCAGCAGCGCCUACCCGUCCCCUUCCCCUUCCCUCCCGGAGCCCUCCGCCUCCGCCUCCGCCGCCACUUUCAGGGAGAGGAAGGUGGCCGGCGCCGCCCUCAUCUGGAAAGAGCUCACCGUCUCCGUCAGGGACAGGCGCCGCUACUCCGGCCGCGUCGUCAAGGGCUCCAGCGGCUACGCGCUGCCCGGCACGCUCACCGUCAUCAUGGGCCCCGCCCGCUCCGGCAAAUCCACACUCCUCAGAGCUCUCGCAGGGAGGCUGCACGGCGCCGAGCGGAUGUACGGUGAAGUCUUUGUCAAUGGCGUCAAGUCACACUUGCCAUAUGGAUCAUAUGGGUAUGUUGAUCGGGACGAUGUGCUAAUCGAAUCUCUCACAGUACGGGAGAUGCUACACUACUCGGCGCUCUUGCAGCUCCCUGGUGUCUUCUCUUCAAAGAAGUCCGUGGUGGAUGAUGCUAUUGCAGCCAUGUCACUAGGUGACUAUGCUGACAAACUCAUUGGUGGACAUUUUUUUUCAAAGAGCCUUCCAACUGGUGAGCGGAGGCGGGUCAGCAUUGCAAGGGAGCUUGUGAUGAGACCACAUGUUUUGUUUAUUGAUGAGCCUUUGUAUCACCUUGAUAGUGUUUCUGCACUCCUCUUGAUGGUGACAUUGAAGAAACUUGCAAACACAGGAUGCACAGUCAUAUUCACAAUGUAUCAAAGCAGCACAGAAGUCUUUGGACUUUUCGAUCGGAUUUGCUUGCUUUCAAAUGGGAACACACUCUUCUUUGGUGAAACAUUGGCUUGCCUUCAGCACUUCUCAAAUGCUGGGUUUCCAUGUCCAAUCAUGCAAAGUCCAUCAGACCACUUUUUGCGAGCAAUCAAUACUGAUUUUGACAGAAUCAUAGCCAUGUGCAAGAAUUUACAGGAUGAUCAAGGUGAUUUCUCAUCAGUGAGCAUGGACACUGCCGUGGCAAUCCGGACACUAGAAGCAACAUACAGAUCAUCGGCUGAAUCUGCCUCUGUUGAAUCAAUGAUUGCAAAAUUGACUGAGAAGGAAGGUCCUUACUUGAAAAGCAGAGGCAGAGCCAGUGAUGUAACGAGAAUUGGCAUCCUCACUUGGAGAUCAUUGCUAAUUAUGUCAAGAGAUUGGAAGUACUUCUGGAGCAGACUUGUAUUGUAUAUGCUUCUUGCCCUCUCAAUCGGCACCAUAUUUAUCGACAUGGGCCAUUCAUUGUCAUCUGUAAUGGUUAGGGUUUCUGCAAUAUUUGUGUUUGUUUCAUUUGUCAUCCUUCUGAGUGUGUGUGGAGUACCUGCUCAUAUCGAAGAGCUCAAGACAUAUUCCCACGAGGAUGCAAAUCGGCAUUCUGGGACAUUGGUUUUCCUGCUGGGCCACUUCCUAUCGGGCAUGCCUUUCCUAUUCCUGGUGUCAAUUUCGUCAUCGUUGGUUUUCUACUUCCUAAUAGGCCUUAGGAACGAGUUCGACUUUCUGAUGUACUUUGUGAUCACCAUCUUUAUGUGCCUGUUGGCAAAUGAAGCACUAAUGAUGAUUGUUGCGUACAUAUGGCUCGAAACUUACAAGUGCACCUUAACGCUCAUUUGCUUAUACGUCAUUAUGAUGCUAGUGGCCGGAUAUUAUCGGAUCCGAGAAGCUCUACCGUCCCCCGUGUGGAACUAUCCUCUAUCCUACAUUUCGUUCCACACAUACGCUGUCCAAGGCUUGGUGGAGAACGAGUACACCGGGGCGUCGUUCCCUGUCGGGUCGACUAGGACGAUACCCGGCGUGCAGGCAGUCCGAGGCUCAUACGGCAUCUCGUCGUCGGCCAACGCCAAGUGGAUGAACCUCCUCAUUCUGUUUGUGAUGGCGGUCGGGUACCGCGUAAUUCUGUACGUCUUGCUUCGCCUGGAUGUAAGGAGGAGACAACAUGCGAGUCUUAGCGAGAAGCGCUGCUGCUGGCCUUGCUUGCUCCAUGGUAAUAGCAGUGCAGCUGCAAAGUGAUCCAGCUUGAGCUACCUGCUGUAACUUGCACGGAGAGGUUUUGACCUUCUGUUUUGGGGUAAAGUACUGUAUACAUGUUGUUUCUUUCGUAGCUUAGGCAAAUCUGACGCAUGAAAAGGAACUGAAAAAACAGAGAGGGAGAGAGGAGAAUUGCAGAGGCAAAGAUGUAUGCAUAACAUAUACUGUUACUGUAUGUAUCAUGGUUUGAGGAUUGAAAAGGCGAAAUCAUGGUUUUGGUGUUGUCUU